UUCCAGACGGGCGCGUAUUGCUGAACCAAACGAUUUCCAUUUCUCAUUUCUUUAGUGAUAAUUUUUGCUUCUCAGUUUUUGCUCCAUGUGUGAAAUCAGAUUCUUUACUCGAUUUGUUUGCGACAAAAAAAAACACGUGUUCUCGUGGAGAAAUCAUAACGCCUCGUGUGUGUGUGUGUGUGUUGUAAAAGCGUGUGCUUUGGUGCAUGAUUUAUGCGCCUGUCGUGUCGGUCGUUUCGUUCGUUUUAUCGUGUAGAACCAUUCCAACUUUUAAUUCAAUUUCCACCGGCUCGUGUGGAAGCAAUUUCGUGGCAAAAGUGUCACUGUCACAUAGCUGGUGAAUCGUGCUGGCGUGUGGGAAGGAACAAAAUACACCCUUUGCAGCUAUGGUUAGUGCGGAAGUGAGUGAAACCGUGCUUCGCUGGAUAACCGCCCUGAACUGGAGUGCGGAAGUUGGUGCCGACCUGUUGACAGGUGGGAUGGCCACGAGUCGCGAACAGAGCGGAAUGACGAUGAUAGGCUACUGGGAGCGAUCGCUAAAGAAUCUUUCGACGGAACAGCGAACCGUAUUUACCGUGUUUUCGAUCAUGGUGAUGGUAAUGGCCAUCUUCGGCAACAUCGUCACCAUCAUCACGAACGUGAGGCGUGAACAGCGGCAUCUGUUGCGCGUCUGCAUGCUAUCGCUCGCCCUUUCCGACAUUGCUUUCGUGAUCGUUACCUCGAUCGUGUAUCUUUCGCAGUUUAACACUGAAUUCAACUCACUCUGGACCCUCGGUGAGCUGAUGUGCACAUUUUCCCCAUUUGUGCAGACAAUGGCGGUGCUGGUGAACAGUAUCACGCUGGUAGCGAUCGCACUCGAUCGAUACAUGGCCGUACGUAGUCUGAUGAAGGGCGUCUGGGAACCGAAUGGUUGGUUCUGUGCCACGUGCGGUGUUCUGAUCUGGGGACUAGCGGCUGGAAUUUCCAGCCCAAUGCUCACUCUGUACGAGAUGUUCGAUAUCGUGGUACUGACGACAGAUCCCCAGCAACCACACGAAAUCAUCAGUGGGUACUAUAUGGCGACUAUCUGCGCUACGGAUAAGAGUAAGAAUAGUUACUACUUUGUGGUCGUAUUCGUGGUGAUCUUUCUUCCACUGCUCGGCGCUUUCUGUUGGUUGAAUGGUGUGAUUGCGCGAGCAUUCUGGGCACGGAGAAAUCCUAUCGGUGGAGCUCCGAAGGGACCUAAAAAAUGUCCAUCCAGCACGUCCUGUGAGAGUAGUAACGACAAGAAGACACUUACCACCAAUGUAGUCACAUCACACCCGAUUGUCGACAGACGUACACCGGCAUCGGUGUUUACUUCUAAUUGUACCUGUCCACAUCACAACACAACGGCUAUUGUUGGAGAGCAAACAACGCAGAGUGAUACCCCGGCAGGAUCACCUUCAGUCCAGCGACCCACCCAAGGAUAUCAAACUGAAGCCAUUUCGAACCGUCGCCGACGACAGAUACACAUGUUCAAAGCGAUCGUCGUACUGAUGCUGGUAUUUUUCGUGUGUCGCCUUCCGAUGUGGGUGUUCCUGCUAGUCAAGAUGAUGGGCGAUGCAAACACGAGCGCCUACUGGAAUCUGCACUACUCCUUCGGUAUCCUGGCGAUGGUAAACGCGGUACUUAAUCCACUCAUGUACACAUUCCUCACCGAAACGAUCCGUUUUACACUGUUCGUGAAGGCACAUUGCAUGCGUGCCUGUGUGCAACCGUGCACAAAUGUUGUGCAACGCAUGAGAAGUGGUGGAGGAGACUGUGAGUUUCGAAAAACCCGUGAAACGAAGGAACGGGACAGCAAUGGUAGUGAGCAUGAGGCACAUCAUGCAGGUAUCUAUAUGGGAGACUGAGUAUGAUGCGGGUAGAGAAGAAUAUGAACAUAAAACUCUGUCAUCGCCGAUGUUAGUUGUGUGUGUAAAAAUUACUACAUUAAUAAUAAUUAGAAUUAAAGUUACAAACAUAAAGUUUUGUUACACCUCUAAAAUAAUCAAAUAAAGCAGUUAUUUUAUAGUUACUUUUCAAUCCAGCUUACAAAAUAACAUUCUCUAACGAUCUCCACAUGCCUGUGAGAUCAUCAAAUGAUCACUCUCAGACAUCAAAGAGCAUAAACUUUGUUACUGGUUCUCUCUUUCUCACUUUCACACAGGUUCAGUGCGUGCAUGUUUCGUGCACGCACUUUAUGCUCUCAUCUGGAGCAUGAGUCGCUCCAAUCGAGAUCCCCAUUGGAUCAACGGUUGAUCAAAAUCCAGCCGUGUCAAACAUUCUUGGUUGAUCAAACAACAUGGUACGAGUCAGAUAGUUGAAACUAGUGAUUGAUUUUAUCUUCGCCAAUUACA